AUGAAUUUACAUUCGACUUGUAAAUUUUGCGCUGUGCCAAAAGCUCUCCUUACCAAAAGAAAGAGGAAAAGGGUUUAAUUAAGAUCAGGCACCUUGGAGGCCACAUAACGUCUAUAACGGGGGCCUUGUAAACACACUACAUCAAGGCAGGUGAAGAUGGCGGAUGUGUUGAGUGUUCUUCGUCAGUAUAACAUCCAGAAAAAAGAAAUCGUCGCGAAAGGAGAUGAAGUUAUAUUUGGAGAGUUUUCGUGGCCAAAAAAUGUCAAGACCAACUACAUAAUCUGGGGUACUGGCAAAGAGGGGCAACCAAAGGAGUAUUAUACCCUUGACUCGAUCUUGUUUUUGCUGAACAAUGUGCACCUGCCGCAUCCUUCAUAUGUGCGAAGAGCUGCAACAGAGAACAUCCCUGUUGUCAGACGACCUGAUCGAAAGGGUUUGCUCUCGUACCUCAAUGGCGAGAGUUCGACAUCAACGAGCAUUGACAGAAGUGCGCCCAUAGAAAUAGGUCUCCAGCGGCCGACACAAGUUAAAAGAGCUGCUGACGAGGUAUCUUCUGAAGCCAAAAAGCCGAGGGUUGAGGAUGAGGAACGAGUGCGUCUGGAUAAGGAGCGGCUGGCUGCCCGUCUGGAGGGCCACAAAGAGGGCAUCGUCCAGACCGAUCAGAUUAGGUCGCUGUCCGAGGCGAUGUCGGUGGAGAAAAUCGCUGCCAUCAAGGCCAAGAUCAUGGCUAAAAAGCGUACGACCAUCAAAUCCGAUCUGGAUGACGACAUCAACCUGAAGCAGAGAAGCUUCGUGGACGCGGAGGUGGACGUCACCAGGGAUAUCGUUAGCCGCGAGAGGGUAUGGAGGACCAGGACGACCAUUCUCCAGAGCACUGGGAAGAACUUUUCCAAGAACAUCUUCGCCAUCCUCCAGUCGGUGAAAGCCAGAGAGGAAGGGCGUGCGCCCGAGCAGAGACCAGCCCAGAACACCACCCAAGUGGACCCGUCCUCGAGGAACAAACAGCCCUACAACAGAUACGAUCAGGAACGAUUCAAAGGAAAAGAAGAAACGGAGGGCUUUAAAAUCGACACCAUGGGCACCUACCACGGCAUGACUUUGAAGAGCAUCUGCUCGGAAAGCCCAGACCCCAGCUCUGCAGCCCGUGCCCCGUCCAGUGUCACAAGCCAGACCUCCACCAAAUCAGAAGAAAGGUAUGUUAUUCGGGUGCCAAAUAAAAACCCGGUUCACAAACGUCCUCCUCGCCCUGACCCGCCGUUUGUGCCCCCGUCUGCAGGGUCGCGCACCCCCAUCAUCAUCAUCCCGGCCGCCACCACCUCGCUCGUCACGAUGCUCAACGCUAAAGACCUGCUGCAGGAUCUGAAGUUCGUCACGUCGGAGGAGAAGAAGAAGCAGGGCAUCCAGCGCGACAACGAGGUUCUGCUCCAGAGGCGCAAGGACCAGAUCCAGCCCGGCGGCACCACGCUGAGCGUCACUGUUCCCUACCGCGUCAUCGACCAGCCCCUCAAGCUGGCGCCGCAGGACUGGGACCGAGUGGUGGCUGUGUUCGUGCAGGGUCCCGCCUGGCAGUUCAAAGGCUGGCCGUGGCUGCUGCCCGACGGGUCCCCAGUGGACAUUUUCGCCAAAAUUCGAGCCUUUCAUUUGAAGUAUGACGAGGCAAAGACGGACCCCAACGUCCAGAAGUGGGACGUGACAGUCCUGGAGCUGAGCCGCCACCGACGCCACCUGGACCGACCCGUCUUCUUGCGCUUUUGGGAAACCCUUGACAGAUACAUGGUGAAACAUAAAUCUCACCUCCGGUUCUGAGACCCAGACCAGAGCUUGUCCCAGAACAUCCCACCGUUUGGUUCCACAGCCUCCAAACUCAGAGCUCCGCUGAUCUGCAUCGUCCCAGCCAAUAACCCGCCCUCCACCGACGGCCCCAUUUUUGCCAUGAAGACAUGGACUCAUGCCAACUGCUGGAUCUGAUGCUUUUUUUUAUAUAUAUAUAUAUAUAUAUAUAUAUACAUACACACACACAUAUUUAGUUCUGGUUUCUAAUGUUUUCAGGUA